GAGAGAGAUAAGCACAUUUCUCGCGAGAGUUUUCUGUAAGACGGUUAGUAUAAACUCGAUCGCGAAGUUUAGCUUUUUUGCUGUGAUUUUCUGCUAAAAAUGACACUGUUAAAGUGUCAGCAUUGUAUUGGAGAAGAUAAAGCAGCAGAGGACACAGAUCACGUGGAGAAAAUCUUGCCACCGGGGUACAUUCACCUACUGUGUCACCAUGAACUGCUGGAAAUGUCAGGGGAUGUUGAAAACUUUCGAGCGGCUCUUAAAUUGCAGCUGAUUACUGAGGAGCAGGUCCAAAGGUGGCUGGAGGACUUCCAAAAGACCUCAGCUUUAACAUGGAGGAAAUCCAGGACAUACCCUGAUUCUGGACGCUACAACAAAUACAGAGUGGAUCUGAGAUGUCAACACAAAACGUACAGUUCAUCAUCCAAGACGUCCAAAAAUACCAACUGCCCUGCUACCAUGUUUCUGAUUCUCAAGAGAUAUAUGUAUGAAAGAAAGUCUAGAUCAGGAGAUCCGCACAUAGAAGAGGGCUAUUUCCUUCAUGUGAACUUAAGGAAUGAACAUAAUCAUAGACUGAACACUGCAGAAGUCAUGAGGUGGAGAGAUGUGUCUAAUGACACCAUUGAAAAGCUACAACAGCUCUACAAAAGUGGUCACUCUCCUUCAUCUGCACUCAAAACCAUCAAAUACAACCUACAGGAAGAGGAAGGCGAUAACUACAUUUAUGCUAUUGCAGAUCGAUCCAUUUGCCCGGACCUUCAGUUCUGCUACAGAUUAUACUACAAGCUUUUUCAAAAGUCAUAUGCUGAACCUGCAGAGAAGGACAUUUCAGAAGAGCUUUUCAAACCAUUAGAAUUGGAACAGUCAUGGGAGACGACGACAGUGACAGGACAAACCACGUGCAUUGAAGAUGGAGUGUCUGUUGCUACUCUACCAGUCAUCACUGCAGAAGGAGAACAUUUUACAGAAGACAAUGAGCCAGGCCCAAUCAUUAUCAUUGUAUCUAUCUGUCAAGGUGCAGCUGAAGAGGUUGUUGGGUCUUUGGACGGACAGCUCGAGGAUAUUUUUGGGAUGCUAAAAAAGAAGCUAAAUGAGGAUCCAAGUUAUACACCACCUAUAAGAGCUUUUGUGUCCAAUUUCUUUCAAAUAAAGACUGACAGUGCUCUGCAGUCAUCACUUUUUUGUUUUGGUAAGGCCACUCAGACAAUCAAUCAGAUCACUAUACAACCAGCUGCAGGUCCACGGAGGAGAGGGGCUUUGGCUGGACGUAGAGCUGUUGGCAGACCCCCAAAGAGCUCAAGAAGAGAGCACCCGUACUGCAACAGCAAAUCCAACAACAUUCCCCAAACUCUCACAUUCUGUUUGCAGGAAAAUAACACCCUUGAGAAGACAGAUUAACUGCCUGUCCCCAGCACACUACCACCAGCUUUUGGUGUGUGUGGACAUCCAAAUACUGUGUAGAGGCUAUUAAAUGAAUAAGCCUUAUGAAGCUGGACUUUACAGUGAACAUCAUGAAAUCAAAAUGUACCCCAUUUACUUUAUAUUUUUGGUCUUCUUGUGCACAAUUCAGCAGUGCAUGUUGUUUGUGUUUGUACAUUUAAUUACAAUGUAAUGACUUACUGACUCCGUUCUAAUGUGUGGGUAUAAAACACGCACUUUUCACCAUGCAGGUAAUUCACCAUGGAUAAAAUCAAGUUCCACCCUACAUUUUUUUUCCUCAUUGAAUGUUACACUCUGCAGUGUCAUAUUAUGGAAGUAAAUUAGGCUGCCAAAGCUGUUUCAUGUUGACUUCUUAUAAUGACUGCCAUAUUUUUAAAGGAGUCCAGACAUCUAAUGUUACUGUUACCUCUUAUUUUAACAACCAUAUACAAAGAGAAAAUGUGUUCCUGAUAUCUUCAUUGUCCAGACCAAUGCAAAUUGAAUGAUCAUUAUUGCUUUUAUGUGUAUACAUCACCCAAGUUUAAUUCAGAUCCAGUACCACAUCAAUCUGUGUGUGGCCAUUUUAAUGUAGUUUUAUUUUGGCAAAACAUGACAAAUGGUUCAAUUUCAUCACUUCCUCUUUAUGCACAUGGACAAAAAUUAGUGUGCAUUGUUUUGUCAUUUCUAAAUGAUUUUUUUUAAUCAUUAUUUUGACAAAUUAUCACUUGUCAAUUAUUUGUAAAUUUAUGGGUUUUCCGUCCCAUGAAUGGUAUGGUUUAUUAGUAUAGUUGUGAUUUGUGGACAAUACAAAUGGCUUGUUAUUAUCCCUGGAAGGUACUACAAAAGUGUAGUUAUAGGUUUAAUGCUUGCCUUUGUAAAGUACACAACAAUAAACCUGUAAAAUCACAAUA